AUGUGUUCUAGGCACUUUGGCACCGUCCUUGGUCGGGAGAAGCAUGAAAUACAAGAGCAUCACUUCACAGCCAGUAAAAGAGCCCAAAUGUCCACAGGAUUUUCACCUUAUAAUAUGUUGGAGUGUAAAAGUUCCCAAGAGCUACAGAGGUUUGCAGAUGAAAAAAUCCGCCCUUCCUCUGGUCCUCUGAGUGCUGCUUGUGCAGCUGAAGUCAUUGCUCUGCUCGAGCUGAUCCAGGCUUGCUUUCCAUUGCCAACCUCCCGAGUGAUCCAGGGUGGUUCCUUUAUAAAGGGAACUGACACCCAAGAAUGCUCUGAGAUUGACGUAGUGUUGUUCAGUGACGUGUUUGCCAAUGUGAAACUUUGCAAGAAACAACUGAAAGAAAGUCUGGAUGCUUUGAGAAAAAACUUGAAGCAAACUUCACAUGGAAACAGUGGAAACCUUCACAGUCAUUCUUUUGAGGUAAUGACCUACUAUGAUAUCCUGGGCCCUACACCCUCGACAGAAGUACCCGCAUUUAUUCUGUACGACAAACUGAAGGGAAGAUAUUAUCUUUGGGUUGAAGUGUUGAAUAUUAGAAAAGAGAACCUUAGAAAAUUUAAGCCCACAGAUUUAAAACUUCACCUUUACCGCAAACUGUACCUCUGUGACGACAGUGACGAGGCACAGCUGUGCGCCCUGGCCCUCCUGCCUUACCAAGUGGACUUUGUCAAGGCAUCCGUCAUGAGGGUGAAAGAGCUCAUUCGGUUAAUGAUCCAUUGGUUCAGGACGUCAUUUGCCAAAACCACGGAGGAAAAUAAGUAUGUACCGGAGACUUCCCCCACUUAUACAGUGGAGCUCCUCUCAAUUCACGUCUGGGAGCUGGCAGGAAAGCCUCUGUUCUUCAGCCUGGUCCAGGGAAUGAGGGCGAUUCUCAAACUUCUGGUUCAAUAUGCAGAAAUUGAUGUUGUUUGGCACAGACACUAUCAUCCCAAAUUCCCCAUUUUUGUCAAAGUUAACCGGAAACACACAAGACCAUUCAUCUUAGACCCUGUAAAUCCUACUGCCAACAUGUGUGACAGCUGCAAUGCCUGGGACGAAGUUGCCCACGUGGCAAGAUGCAGCUUGGAGAAGCCUCUUUUCAGCAGAGUGAGAGUGAUGGCCCCCUGGCUCUUCACAGACAACUGGUAA